GAUUGCAUCAACUUACGAAUUGUUACCGAGUUUAUGAGAAUUGUAGCCGACAGUAACUGAAGAAACAUGCACGCUUAUGUUUUUUAAAUUUCUUUGUACACCUGAGCUUAUAUGUAUGGGUAUAUUUAAAUGUGUUUACAAACAUCACUGUACUACGGCUCUGAUAGUAAAAUUCUUAUUACUCAUUACAUUCUUUAGCCUAAAACUUAAUAUGGGUUAUGGGAUAUUUAUAUAACAGAAGCUUUUAUUACUCAGUUUUAUACUCCAAAAGAUUUAAGAUAAAUUAUUGGAGAUAAAAAAAAAAUGUCUAGAUUUUGGAGAGCUACAAAUUUUAUUAAAAGAAUUUCUUUUAAUAAGAUUAAGCCAGUGACUGGGUUUAAAAGUAUUGUUAAAAAUAUACCGAGUAAUAAUGAGCAAAGACGUAAUUGGAGUUAUUUUAUGAUGGGGUUUACUAUUUUUGGAUUUAACUUCUCCAAGGAUGAGGAGGAAGUAGAACCGGAACUUAUAAUGACGAUAAAACGAUCAAUAUUUCUAAUUCAGAAAGGGGAAUAUAAAAAAGCAGAACAGAUGUUACACGUGGCACUGCGUCAAGCCCAGACUCUUGGUCACUUCGAAGGUAUUACUUACGUGUACGACGUGAUGGCUAAUUUAGCUUUUCAAGUUGGAGAAAUUCAGAAAGCUAAGGACCUUUUUAAGACUGUUAUGCAGAGACUGCUGUCUACUGGCACUGACCAGAAUGAUACUAAGAUUAUUCACAUAAGCUUGAAGGUUGCUAAACUCUUUGAGCAAUCUGGAGAUAUUAAAACAGCUGAAGAGGGAUAUAAGUUUUGUAUCGAUAAUAUUGAAGAGCACGCUAUAAAAAAUCCAACUGAUGAAGAUAUCUUGGUGCUCUGGGCAAUGAGUCGUGAUUGGUAUGCACGUAUGCUUUUGUCUGAAUCACGUCUCAGCGAAGCGUUGGAAAAUUAUCAGAAAGCUUAUCAAUUGUGUGUUAAAGUUUAUGGAAAUAGUCACGAACAGACUGUGGUUCUGCUGAACGAUCUAGGAACUGUUUACUGCCUUUUGGGACAGCAUGAUCGUGCUCUUGGAUAUUUGAAUGAUGCUAUUGAAAGAGGAAUUAAAUUGGAAGAUUGUCAAGAGCUAAGUUCGGUUUACGUUAAUUUAGGGAAUGUUUAUAUUAAAAAAUCUCUGUACAACCAGGCUAAGAUGGCAUGCUUUGAAGGACUAAAACGUGCUAAAAAGAAUGACGAUGAGGCGUGUCAAGAACAAGCUAAUUCAUGUCUUGACGAAGUGAAAAAAUAUUUAAAUGUAAAUAAACAGAAUAAUUUAUGAAGUUUAUAGACAAAAUAAUUUAUAAACUAUGUUGUACAGACUGUAACAAAAAUCGACAAUGGUUAAUUAAUUAUUUGUCAUUUAUCAGAGAAUAAUAUUUUUUUAAGUGAUUCUCUAGAUUAUAAAGGUAUUUAUAAAAUACUGACUCAUGUGAGCAGUCUUUUAAAUUCGUAAA